CUUCUCUCUAUCUUGUGCCAUUCUCCAUCUUUGACCGCCAUAUAAAAACCUCUCUCAACUCUCAUCGCACUGCACAAAACAAAGCUAAAUUCAACCAACAACAAACGCAACAUUUUCAUUUCCCAUUAUACCCCUCUGCGCAGAAGACCUCAGAAAAUAUUUCGAUGGCGGGAACCCUAAAUCUCACGCCUCUCACCGGUGCCGGCAGGACUCUCCGGCCUCCGUUCAGGAUCUCAAUUCGGGCAUUCACGGCGACGGCGAUCGAUUCCCGGCGAGCGGCGAGCCUCUAUGAGGUGCUCCGGAUCAAGCAGAACGCUUCGGCGGUGGAGAUAAAGUCGGCAUACCGGAACCUUGCGAAGGUGUAUCACCCUGAUUCGGCGCUCCGUCGGUCGGAAUCGGACGAACGGGACUUCAUCGAGAUCCACGACGCUUACGAGACGCUGUCGGAUCCGUCGGCGAGAGCACUGUAUGAUCUGUCGUUGAUGGCGGCGCGCGAUGAUAAUCGCUCGUUCUCGUCUUUGGUUGCUGCUCCGAAUGGCUCUUCCGGAUUCUACUAUCAGACCCGUAAGUGGGAAACGGACCAGUGCUGGUAGAUAGCUUCCAAGUAUAAGAAAGAAAAACGAGAAAAUAUAUUUUCUGACAUUAACAAAUUUACACGGCAAAAAAAAAAAAAAGAAGAAGAAGAAUGAUUCUGUAAAUUCUGUUUCAUUUUUAUGUAGUGCUGCUUCCAGGUCAUUUUUUCCAUUUCGUUUGGGAGAAAUUUCUGCUGCAAUUUCAAAACCAUACGUCUAUCGGCCACCAAAAAACUUUCCGGCGACUUAAAAAAAAUUAAAAUACAAACUCUUUUGGACCUUUGCCACAAAA